AUGAGAAAAUACCAACUCCUCUACUAUCCCAGCGACUCGUCUGUAGAGAUGGUAAUGGCCAGUGGUUUGCAUUAGUUUGAUCAUUUUAAUGAAUUCUUUUAAAAUGAUUUGUUAUUUACAAAAACCUCCCUGGAUGUCAUUCUAGAGAUUAAGCAGUUAACGUUAUGUGAAGUACGUAUGAACAUGUGUUCACAGAAUUUACUGAACUUCUGUAAAAGUAUAUCAUUUUUAAAUGACUUUGAAUCCACUGUGUAUUACGCUUAAUUAGCAUUACACUUUAUUCGAAAAUGAUAUAUCAAAAAACUGAAAAAAUAUGACAAACACCUUCUUCACAUAUGGGAUGGUAUUGUGGUGUAUUUUUUUUUAUUUUUUUUUUUACGUCAGGCCCCGGUUGUUCAAAAUCCACUUGAUAAUUCUCUGUCCAGUGAGUAGUACAAUGGUUUCCCUAAUGCUUAUUUGUUGAUUCUCAAAGUUGAAAAUGUUGAACCUUCAUGAAAGCACUUACUUAUGGCUGCCAUGGCUGACUUGUUGAUGUUACUGCAAGCUCUGCUCAGACAGUUGCAACUUUUUAAUCAUUGAAUGCAGACGGUGGAUCCUCUUCAAAAUUAAUGUUGAGGUUUUUCUCAUUCAACAGGCUGUUUUCAUAUAGUCAUAACUUCAGGCUGUAUAAGUGUUUCCCUUUUUUCAAUAGAGGGGGGGGGGGUCUUAUAACAGGUGUCCCUUUUCUUCCCUUUCCAAAUCCCCAUCCCCUUCCCCCUACCCCUCCCCCUCCCCUUACACCACCUGAAACACAGGCUACAUAAAUUGCUGGAAGUCUUUUUGUUAUAAAAAUAGCUAAUAAUAAUGUCAUUUGAUGUGUUCACAUCCUUAGUAUGACAUCAAGAAUCGUCGCCUUUUUCUGAAGAGGUCAGUAAUAGAUGACCUUGAGCUUCACCAUCUGUCCAUUGGAGCUACUAUUACUAUUCACUCUCGUCAGGUAUUUAACAUCACAUGCCAUGUUAACACACUUAGGUAUUGACUCUUUUAUCUUUUUAGAGCUAUUUUAUUUAAAUCUAGGCACAUUGUAGUUCUUUAUUUAAAACUAGAAGGCAAUGUUAUUUACAAGUUGGUUUAAUCUUUUGCCUGUGGGGCUGUCACUAAGGACGUUUGUGUUCACUUGUUACUAUAAGCAUAAUCCCUGGAAACAAAUGGAAAAUACAGGGUUUGCAAAUUUUAUUGAUGAGUGGAGUCAGUGUGACUUCUGCUUCACAAAUUUUGGAGUCAUUUUGGAAUAUUUGGAGUCAAGUAUCACAACCAAAAAGGCCAUUUUCAGACUUUCUAGUACGUGGUCCUGGCAUGCAUACACUAUCGCAAGGAAUACACGAAGUAGCUGUGGCGGUCCACUGACCUGGACAGCUCAAAUCCAUGAUGGCAGUCAUCGAGUAAACUUUGAUCGAAUUUACCCUCUUCCUGUUUUGUCAUGCAGUAUAAUUCUUUAAUUUGGAUGAUUUAAUUAAGGUUUGCAACGUUUACAAUUAACGUAAAUUGUAUUUGUUGCGAAAAAGGUAAGGACAAAACUGUGUUUCUUACUGAAAAUUUCUGGAGUCGAAGUGACUCCCUCCGUAACCUCGGCGGAGUCAUCUGAACAAUUUUGACGUAAAAUACGCCAAAUUUGGCGUAUUUGCGAACCCUGAAAAUAUCUAAUCAAAAAAACUUUUUAGCUUGAAACUACCGGUGGUAAUUGUAUAGAAUUAAAUUACCCAGGUACAUGAAGAAACCUAAGAUCUUAGUGACAACCCUGAUCUGACAGAAAGCAAAAGUAGUUUCAGAUCCUACUGGCUACCUCUAAUGUAAUAGACCAUUUUCAAGUUGCUUCAAGCCUCUGUUUCAAGGCAAGGCUAAGUAGGAAGCCAUGAAUAUGAAAACAAAUUUUAUUCUCUUGCAAAUAGAACUCAUUUUUCCACAAGAAAGGUUUUGCACAUAACCUCGUUUUCAAAGUCAUAGGUUUUGGGACUCAGAAAUGGCCUAUUCUGCAGUGGCCUCAUUUUUCUCUUCCAGAGGACUUGUUAAAUGUUCUCUUUCAGUGCUUGUCGAUCUCCUAGCAAUGCACAGGCCAGGGGCGUUUUAUGACACUUUUCACCAAGUUGUUGAGGUCACCUGAAACCACUUCAAAUCCUAUUAACUUAUAUUAAGACUAAGGUAUAUGAAGACUUAGAGUAUUUUUAUUUAUUUAUUAUUUCUUGUGAUUCCAGUUGUCAAUAACAGACUAUGCUGACCAACGUACAUCAAAUCUUUUGAAAAGCAAGAAUGAGACGUAAGCUCAAAGUUUUAUUGAUGCAUGUCUUUCAAAUUUUCCUUUACAAGAUGGUGAACUAGAAGUCAAUAAGUAAUCGAUUUGAUACAUAAGUUGAUCCAUCACCCUAUCACUUAUAGCUGUAUUUUUUUUAAUUUACAGAACACUUGCUAUGAUAAAGCCUGAUGCUGUCUCACAGAUGGGUUAGUUACAGUUUAUGUAAACAGUUCAUUAAUUUGCUUGUCCUGGUUUCAGUAUAUUAUAUGUCAGAACCACAGAAUGAAGUUUUUGAGCCUGAGACUUUACUUCUUAAAAAUCUGAGCCCCCCAAGACUCUAAGAGCUGAAAAUUUCUAGUGGAAGCCCAUCAAUAUACUGCUUUGUCUUGUUUUACUGCUUGGUUUAAUCUACUAGCUGACAGUUCAAUAUUUUUAAGCUGUACCCAUGAACUCUGCAAAAUGUGACUCUUGAAGAUCAAAAGAAGAGAAAAAACAACAAAUCUGAGACCCCAAAACCCUUUGGCAAAAAAAAUUGUCUAAGAAUGAGACUCCGAGACCCAUCAAAAAUGCUUCUGAGAUAAUUUUCGAGAUCAGGCUAAACUUUUCCGAGACCCACAUUUUCAAGGUACCAUUCUAUACCCCUAUUAGUAAAUUACAUAAUACGAAAUCAUGAGGUUAAAAUAUACAACAUUUAAAAUAACAGAAACAUUAAUUUUUUUAUCUGUAUUCUGUAGGAAGCAUAAUUGACAUGAUCCAUCAAGAAGGCUUUCUUAUCUGCAGAGCUAAGAUGGUCAGAUUGUCCAGGUGAGCUUAAAAACCAAAAAAAAAACAUUGCCAAGGAUUUGAGAAUAGCAGGGAAGGAAAGAGAAAGAAGCAUAAAGAGUUGCCUGAGGUGCAGCUGAGAGCAACUCUAGCAUCUUGAGUGCUCUCCAAACUUCCCAAGUGCUACAUAUCUCAAAAUAUGCACAGCUGAAGCAUGGACCAAUUGUUUUGUAAAAUUAUCAAUGUGAUCAAUGCAGCAGUUAACUUAAAAAUAUUGUAUUGUUGGGAUGCUCAAAGCAGUUCAUGUCAAAAAAUGUCUACAUGGCUAUAUUUUUGUACCUUACAGUUAUGAUUUAUCUUGCAUGAAACUGAGAGAAAGUUUAUUCAAGUCGUUUAAGAUAACAUUCAAAGAAAAAGUUUUAUAAUAUUGAGGUGGAAAAGUAUUAAUAAUUUUCACUGAAAUGAUCUUUAUUUCUGAGCAAAAAAACUUUGCAAAAACUAAUUUGCACAUGCCAUUGCUUAAGAUAAAGCAGCUUGUCCUAAUUCAAGAUUUUUUGAGCCCUGUUUGAAAAAUUGUCACAAGGGUCGACUUGAGUUGGACCAUCAGUAACCAAUGGGACUAUGUAGUGUGUGCAGAUGAUUAAAGAGCCAACUUGUCCUAAUUAACAAGAUUUUUUGACACCUCUUUGAAAAAUUAAGUUGGAUCCAUUUGUACUGUUGCAGAUGAAAGAGCCAAAUUCUAUUAUAUACUGUUGAUGGUAUGCAUAUGGAUGCCUUUAUGUGCUCAAAACACAAAAUAGAGGGGAAUGCAUGAGAGAUUACAUGUUAAUGUAUUUAACGUUGAGCUGUUGUUUAACUUUUUUGCAUGCAUAAACCUCUUAUACUUUUUCUCUGAUUUUGAGACAUGAUACUGGUCUUGCCAGUGUCCAUCUUAAAUAGAAAUAACCACAUUUUUACCUGAUCAUACAUUCUUGCAACUUCUAGUUCUGAAGCCUCAAGAUUUUAUGCUGAGCAUCAAGGAAAACCAUUUUACAAGUAAGAAUCAACUUACAAUAACUUAAAGCAGUGAAACUGAAUUUUAAUGUCUUUGAAUAAAAAAAUAAUUGAUAGUUUGUUUGCUUCAUUUUAUCUUAACCUUUACUGCUCCUGAAGGCAACUUAAACUCAUCGCCAAUAGAUGAGCUUGGAAACUGGUGCCUUAAAGGUUGGCUGGGGGCGUCAGCACCUAGCAAAGAGAUAUCAAUGGCAACCCUGCAAGUGGGAACCACUCCUGCAUGCAGCUGCCAACUGACAGUCUGUCACACGGAAGGAAUUUAGUGGAAAAUACUCAUCUGACCCCAUACUUACUAACACACAGACCCAAAAUGGGGAGGGAGAGGCUGGGUGCCAGAAUCUGCAAAGAGUCGCUUUAAUGCCUGAGCAACACCAGAUCUGCAAUGAUAAGCUCUAAAUACCAGCAUGACAAGAUAAGCAAAGGCCCCUGGGGGAGAUCGAGCGCUGACUGCAUUGACUUGAAAACUAACUUGGCCUAAAUGACAUUAAUUUUUAGUCACAUUUUCUUAACGUCAUCAUUUAAAAUGAUCAUUCAUGUUUUUAUUAAUUUAAUUCAAGUUACUUAGUGGAGUUUAUAACAAGUGGCCCAGUUGUUGCUAUGGAGCUGAAGGGAUCAAAUGCUAUUGAAAAGUGGCGCACACUUUUGGGCCCAACAGACUCAGCAACUGCAAGAAACAAGGCUCCAAUAUCAGUCAGAGCCAAGUUUGGCACUGGUAGGUUUAUAGUUUCUUCAACAAUAUCUUAUUCACCAAAUGUUUUAAGCUCACAGAAUAAAAUCAUUGAUAAAUGAAUUAGGAUUUACGGCCCUGUUAAGAAAAUUGUCUCACAAGUCAAAGUGUGACACCUCCUGAAAUGACAUGCUCUUGCUGCAUCUAGCUUUGAUCAAUAAAAUGGGUUAGCAAUUAUGUCUGCUGCAACAUAAUAAAUGUUGCAACAGCCUUACCACAUAUGUUCAACUUCCAUUAGUUAAAAAGACUUAAAACAAGAGGGCGUCAGUUUUCAAGGAAACUUGUCUUGAGAGCAAUUUUGGGUAAAAAAACUGCAAAGAAUAAAACACUGUUGAAGAAUCAUACAAGAUCUUGAGUCUGUUCCUCAUCUGCCAUGUCCAUUCGGGUCUUGUCGUCUUUGGAUGAAUGAGUUGAUGGAUGGUGCAACUGAUAAGUGUUAAAAUAAAUAGACUAAGUGAAACUCUGUUACUUUGACACACAUGAUGCUUUUGAUUAAUAUUUUCUUCGCAGAUAAUACAAAGAAUGCUGCCCAUGGAUCAGACUCAACUUUGUCAGCUCAAAAAGUAAGAAACCAUCUUUAAACCAAAGUUUUGUUUUGAGCAGAGCCCCCACAAGGGUAAAUAGUCACACUCCUGGACAGGGUUACCAAGGAGAACUGUAUACUAGUUUACAUGUUCAAAGCCACUUCAAAUCAAGCUCUCUCUUUUUUAUCAACAUGCAGCCUUUUUAUUUUAUGCUCAUGCAGAAAAAUAAAACAAGAUAUUAUAUUCAAUGCUAGUAGCUUGAUUGCUAUUGAGCCACUGUUUGGUAAUCUUUUGUUAAUUUUUUUCCAUCUGUCAUCUGAGGAGGAUCUGAACUCAAGAAAGGGGGAAAGAUAAAGCCAUAUUUGCUUUAGAAUAAAAAUGAGCUUAGUUGUCAAGGUUUUUUGUAUAGCUACAAUAUGAAAAUCAUAGCUUCAGAAGAAUCAAUGGUUUAAAUCAUACUUGUUAUGUUUCCUUUCCUGCAGGAGAUUGAUUUUUUCUUUGGUGGUCGAACAUUUAGUGGAAAAAAUACAGCUUCUUUAUCUGACUGCACCCUGUGUAUAGUAAAACCUCAUGCCAUUGUUGAAGGUACAAUUUACUCAUUAAUAUGCUCUAUACUGUAGAUUUUUAUUGGGUGAUUGUUGGGAGUGUAGUGCGCGAGCAGUUAACCCUUAGCCUGCGAGCAAGCUCUCCAGGGCGCUCUGGCGGUGGGGCAGGAAAAGGAAGGAGAGCUUGCAACUACGUCCCUGGAAUUUGAAUAUUAAUGUGCAUCGAAAAAGUCAAUGCCAAACACUGACCGGGCAAAGAUGUCAUAAGCAAUGACAUCAUUACACUUUGCAUGUGUUUUCCAAUGUUUGUUUACAUUCAUGCUUGUUUCCGCUUCCUGCUGAUUGACGGAAAACUGACAGCUCAGUCGACGGGGAGCCUCAGGGAGUUGGAGGUGGAAUUCCAAUUCCAGAGAUGUAGUUGCAAGCUCCCCUUCCUUUUCCCACCCCACCACCAGAGCACUGCGGAGAGCUUGCUUGCAGGCAAGUUAACCUUUUAAGCCCCAAUAUCCACAUAGAAAUUCUCCCUACAAACUGUUUUCCAUACUUUUCCUUGGAAAAUUAAUUGAGAGAUUUUGUUAAAAGAUCAAAGCAUUUUCCCAUUUGGUUACUAAUUCUUGUAACCUUUUACAUGAUUACGUUUUGAUGUUGUUGGGAGGAAAUUGAUGUCUAUCACUCAUGGGAUUUAAAGGGUUGACUCAUCACUGGUCAUUCCGAACGUUGAUUCACAGAUCGAAAGUCUGAUGUGACCAGACUUUAUAAGAUCUGUUGGUCAAGACAAUAGACUCUGGUGUAGACUAUAAAACAGACAGUAUUUUUUAUAAGAAUCUGUUGGUCAAGACGGAGUGUUAGACUAGGGAGAAACUGCAUGAGGUAAACUAUAAAACAGACAGUAUUUUUGGGAAGGUCAAGAGCACCAGAGCAGUCAAGAUAUCACUGAGCAAUGCAGCAAAAUACUAAACACUGGCCAAUCCACAAACACAAAUGCUGGAGAAAGCUACUGUCAAGACUACUGCUUCUUGUUGUUAACUCUGUUUAUAAUAACUGUUUUUAAAUAUUUCCUUCAGGCCUCACGGGCAAAAUCAUCUCAGCGAUAUGCAGCAAGGGGUUUGAGAUUUCUGCACUUCAAAUGGUAAGAAAAUAAAAUAAUCAUACAGGUGUGAAUUCCCUGGCUUGUCAGGGAAAGGGACUAAAAUCGGAUUUUUUUUUUUUGGGCGUGUUGAUGGACCUAUAGAUGCACGAGCUUAUAACUUACUGGAGUUUCACAUUAUUACUUUAGAGAUAUCUAGCUCCUAAUCUUAUCGAGUGUGGGGGCCAAUUAACAGUCGCUCUUAGGUACCAAUAAUGAGCUGGAGGGAGCAAAUUCCAUGUGUGUCCCUUCCAUGUACUCGUGUCACGGCGUUUUUACGGACCAGGUUAUUUUUAGAACGGUUUUGCCGCGAAUUUAGAAUAUCUUUUAAGUCCCACAAACCAGUCAGCAAAACCUACAGACCUAAAAGUGAUAAUUUUUGCCUUUUAAUGACGUUACGUUUUCUUUUUAGAUAUCUUAUACUUCGAAUGCGUUCAUACGCGUAACGGAGAUUCCAUUUUCGCGGGGAAAAGUGCCCUAAAGUGUGUCUAAAAAUAAACCGGUUCGUAAAAAUGCUGUAACAUAGGCCUAGUAUGGGAGUUGCUCGCUCAAGGUUUUGGGUUCUGUAACGAGUUAAAACACAGAGUCAAUGUGAAUGUGCCUUUAGAAGCAUUUCAUGCCCCCGCCCCACCAUUCUAAUCUUUUCACGUUGCUUCAAGAAGCUGAAGACGCAACACUCCCAAGAAUAAUUAUUUUUUAAAAAUUUAAUUUUAUUAGCCUGCGUGUCUCCUUCUCGCGCCCCUGUUUUUUCUUGUGCCAAUACUUCCAAGCGCCUGCUACGCGGACUAUAAUUUUAUAUGACGGGACUAUAUCAACUGUACGUACUUCUUUUAUUCGUCCCGAUUCUUAGUUUCAUCUUGAAAGAGCCAAUGCUGAAGAAUUUCAUGAAGUGUACAAAGGUGUUGUAUCUGAAUACAAGGUCAGUACAUGAAGCAAGUUGCGAUGGUCAAAGGACCGGGUGCUUAAGUAUACUUUGAAAGCGAGCAUAACUGUAUAUUGUGCCAAAAGUUCGGUUUUGUUUUUCAGAAAUUAUGAUUUUUCUUAUGAAAAGAACCUCGAGUAUGAAACGAAUAUUAGGGAUAUUUCGCAAAUCUCAUCAUCUUCAAUUUUUUUUUGGUCAUCGCGCUGUCUGAAAAACCACAAGGCCGUCAUGUUUUCACUGAGCUCAAACUAGAAUCUAGCAUUCUUGGGAUCCGUGAUUUGGCCGACAUACAGUGCGGGAUUAGGGAAAACGCAGAAUUUCUUGACGGGAUACGGGAGUUGACUACUACUCGGGCAACGGGAUUCUCCGAAAUCUCGGAACGGGAUGUGGUACUGGGAAAAAACGGUACUCAGGGUAGAGAUGACAGAAGUUGGGGAUGCUGGAUCGACGUGAAUGUAGCGUCAGGAACCCCUUUCUUAGACCCUGCAUCAGGCUUUUCCCACCGGGGGGGAGGAGAAGCGAAGCUCCCCUCUCUAAAAUCUCCUAUCAGCCACUCCCUAAGGAACAGCUAAAGGAAGGCCUGGAAUCGUAACUAGAAUCGCUCUUUUUGUGGUAUUUUCUCUUCAUAUUUAGAGUAUGGUCGAAGAACUGUGCUGUGGUCCCUGCCUUGCAAUGGAAAUAAGAGCUCCUGAUGCGCCAGUUACAUUUCGAGAAUUUGUUGGACCUACGGAUCCCGUAAGCUGACUUUGUGAAUAUUUAUCUAAAUUUAUUUCCAGGGGUCGAUUUCAUAAAAAUCUUACACCUGUAAUUUACAACUGCGGUCAUUGUUUAAGAGUCUGAAAACAAUAGCUACACUUGUAAAUUACACUAGUAAAAGUUUUAUUAAAUUGACCAAAGGAAGCCUGUGAUUAGACUCGCGGACAAAGUAAUUAGCCAUCUCCUGAUGAAUCGUGAUCGUUUCGCCCGACGGAGUUUCGCCACGGCGUAAGUCGAUUCGCCCAAUGACAAAUAACACUCUUCAGACUCUACAACACGGUUAAGGUUUCAUCAGAGAUGUCUUAGGCUUGGAUUCCAUUGCUGCGAUUGCUGAAUGUGGCCUAGCGAUCUCGAUGAUAAUAUUCCAGAUCAUGAAUGAAUGUAAUAUUAGACUGAAGUCUACAUAGACCUCAGUAAUUGAGUUCGUUGAUGGGACACGAAUUUCCUGUUGGAGCAUUCAGUCCGGAAAACAGGACUAUCUUUCUAGAUGCUCCGUUGUUCCCCGGAAAUCCUCCGCUAGAACUAGCCAAAAAAUUCGUGUUCCAUUUGCUUUCCAACUGUAUUUUCUGGAAACUUUUUGUAAUGGUAAACCAACCUUUGCGACACCAUUUUCGUUCCCAGAUCUGGGGAGAGAGAGGAGUCGCGCGUGGCAGGUUUUAUUUUCGCUUGGCUUGUUUUCGCGACGUUCCUACUAUCUGAGAGACUGGCAAAGGAUAACAGGAACAAAAAACGGCUUCAUCGGUCUACACAUUAGCGAUCCUGUUCACACGCUAUUUUAAUGAGGUUUUCGAAUUGCUUAGAAUGGAGGAAAAUUAACAGAUUUAAAAUACAUUCAGCAAGUAUACUAGGCUUGAAGAGAGCGUGGACUCCACUUAAAUUCCUGGGUACUUUUCACCGCCUGCAAUCCAAUCCCGCCUCAGCUUUGAGGCUAAUUUAUCUUUCGCGCUAUUUCUCAGCCAAUGAAAUCUUUCUUUCCUCUUUACAAGAGUCACUGAAUUAAUAAUGUUUUUUUGUGUGUCAGGAAAUCGCUCGUCAUCUUCGGCCGGGAACAUUAAGAGCAAUGUUUGGUAAAGAUAAGAUCAAGAACGCUGUACAUUGCACGGAUUUGCCCGAAGAUGGGCUCAUAGAGGUUGGUGUCACUCGGGAAAUUCAUGUUAGGAAACGGGGAAUUUAUUUGUCACCGACAUGCGACAUUCACUUGUCUUGUCAGUUUUGAAACUCCAAUGUAGCCAAGACCUAAGGAUUAAAAACUGUGUUCUUAACGUUGCAAGGGCCAUGACACACGGUGAAUUGUGGGAUAGUCUGACAAAGCAAGGCCUAUGUCGCAUUUAUGCCCUAUCAUGAAUUCUUUGUUAUUCUGUACUUGCGGCUUAAUUCUAGAGCUGUGUUUGACAAAUCACAGGCAACCCAAGCUCAGCAUCAGAGUUACGUGUUGUACAAUAGAGACAUUUAGAUUCUAUGACGACGACCACUACGAGUACGAGAUUUUCUCAAUACCAAGAGAGACUGUGCGGUCGUCAUUCUGCUAAAAGUUUUAGCGAGAACGUAGUGGCGGAAAAGAUUUUAAAAAGUUAUAUCAUUUUUCGCUCGAGAAAAGGGCUUAACCCCCUUCAAUAAAGAUAAUCGAACUAAAUUUUCUGGGGAAAAAAAGAACAAUAAAGCUUCCCGGAGUGUCCAUUUUUGUGACAAAUCUUGCUUGCUGUGUGGUUACUGACCCGAUCCGGUGCGAUUUAAGCGAUUUCUUUCAGUGGAGAAUCGAGAUUUUGAGGUUAUGCAAUAUUAUGUCGCACGUUGUAUUCUUCUUGGGUUGCCUGUAGACAAAGUAAGGAUUACGUCGCACUUCCGCCUUGUCUUAUAUUCUGGGGGCAGAGGUGCGCUAUAAUACUUCCUUUGUCAGACAUGUAUAUACAUCUACGAUAUAGCAAAGUUAAGAACUAGGAACGAAGUAAAUUUCCCUGCUACAACCUGUUGCAAAACUGAUUGAGACACUGUACCGUAUUUUGGCAUAAAUGGCCUGUCCAUGAUCUUGUGCUUGUGAUCCCCCUCCACCCCUUAUCAAAGUUGCUAGCAAUGCAAGACCAUACUCAAAACUUGGAGGAAAAACUUUGAAUCGGAGGGAGGAGGGAGGUCAGUAUUAUAUCUCACAGACCCCUGACCAGGAGCAAUUUGAAGCAAGAAAGGUCGUUUUUUGGUGGAACUGUCUCAACAUUUUUGCAACUGGUUGUAGCAGAGGUCUCUAACGACAAGGCAAAAAUGAGAAAAUAAAAAAGGAAUCUUGAGGCCAGCGUGGACAUUUAUGGUUAUUUACACCAGGAACGUGUUUCUUAUUGACCUUCCUCGUAGACCCAUGGGUAGGCAAGUUGUAUUCGAAACCGUUUUUAUUUGCAACGACUUAUUCCAUGCUGGAAUUUCCCGGUCCCCAUCAGCGACCUCGGGUCUGUGUAUAUGCGCAUGGAAUUCCACUGUAACAAGUUAAGAGUUCAACAAUCCGGGAAGGGGGUACUCCCUAUAAUUACAUAUACAGGGAGACUCCGGUGAGGGGGAUACUCCCUAUAAUGGCCUAUACGGGGAGACUCCACCGGAAUGAGGUACCUUUUUCAGGCUUCAGGUAUAAGAAAGGGUAUGGGUUUCACUUGUUGAAGUAUGUGAAAGAGUAUGGAAAUCUGUCAUCUCGGUCGGUAAAAAUUCCUAAAAGGCUGACAGAUGCAUUUUAUGGCUGAGAAAAAGUUUUGUAAAUUAUUCAUUCAUACAGUCGAAUCUCCACUAACGGCCACCUCUCUACAACGGCCAUUUAUUUUGUUGCGGACAGUUCAUACAUCCUCUUGAAAACGGUAUAUGAAAAAGGUGAGGGGCUGGACCUCAGCCCGUGGGGGGGGGGGGGGGGGGUACUUCCUCAUAAGAGGCUAAUGGGGAUGUGCCCCUGGAUGGGGUCGCAUUUUCACCACUGGAUUGACUGGAAUUGAGUCGCAUUUUCAAUAGAGUUAGAAUGAGGUCGCACUUUUUGUGAUUUUUGGGGUGAGACAGUUCUUCAUAUUUACGGUUAGCCAACGUACCAGAAUGUUUGAAUUGUAUGUGAAAAGUAAAGUGUUCUUCAUUCAGUAUAAGGGAGAUACAUAAAUAGAAAGUGACUAAGCUGGGAUCGCCAAAAUUACAUCUUUGCGCAAAAGUGACUAAGAUGGGGUCUAUAACUGGCCACAGAAUAGACUUUAAUGGGGUUGGGGCUUUGAGAGCCCAGCGGCACAUACCUAGCAAAAAUUAACCUUAGUACCCCGGGACCUCAGGGCGGAGCCUUCCCGUGUAAACCAGGGCUUUGUUGAGUAUCUUCCUAAACAAUACAUUUAUGCCAUCUUUUUUUCUCAUUGCACUUUCAUCCAUCUUUCAGGUGCAGUACUUUUUCAAAGUCUUGGAUCAUUAACAGCUGUAACUGACAUCCCUCGUACUUGACAAAGAAAUUAUAUCUUUCAUUAUUUAGGAAGUUGUAAAGUGGGAAAAUCCAUGCUUACUAAGUUAUCGACAUUUUAUUUACAGAUUUUUUUUAAAGGUGUCAAUCACGUGUACAUAGAUCACAUUAGAUCAGAGAUACCGUCAUCACAAAAAUGUGAAUCGUGCGAAACUGACUUUUUGAUAGAAGUGCGCUUGUAAAUUGGCGUUAUUUCAAAGGCAAAAUGUGGUGUUAAGGUAUUCUGACUUACUUUUUUUACUCAUAAUAGAGAACGAGAGUCUCCAAUUUAAUAAAGAUGACUGAACUUUAUCGUUGUCUAAGAGUGGAGUGUUUUUUUCCGCCAAUGCAACGUCAUGAUGAGUGCGCGCAAGUUUUUGUGGAAAGUUAUAAAAACAAAGUAGUAAACUUGUUUCUCUGAUAAAAAAAAAAAAAAGAAAAAAUGCACGGAAGUAUAUGAAAAAAGCCCAGGACGUGCGCUCUCCGACCUCUCUGGCUACUCAUGUUUCUUCAAGCACUUUUCUUGAGCGGUGGUUUCUCUAACACCCAGAUUCUUGAUAACUCUUCGACGCCGUUAUCGUACCUCUUGCGUGCCCGAUUUCUCUCCUUCCAGUUUCCAAACGCCACUAUGCAGGCUGUCGUGCGAUUUUCCAGUAUUCUGUUUCGGGCGUUCCUCGCUAUCUGGAUCGAAUUUCGACAUAUCUAACUUGGAGUAGGUUAAAAAAAAAAAAAGAAAAACAGGAGUACGUUAAUGGAAAAAUGUUUACAUCAAGUGCACCCCGCCGCAAGCGCUGCGUAAGAUUUGGAAAAUCGCAACCAAAACAGCUAACAAAUCGGCACUAAGUCGAAGCGAAAAGACGCUUUUGCCUAGUACGUGACUUGGUGCCAGAAAGCGUUGCGCAACGCACGAGAAAGUAAAUGAUAAAGUAAACAGCAGCUUCCUCCAAAAUGCUUCCUGUUCUUGUCAUGUUCUUAUAGAGACACAAAACCAGUCGAACUGGAUGGACGAUACGAGGGGGGUACUUCGGGGUUUGACAUUCACGAAUUUGGGAUUUUGUUGGCUAGAAAAUUCCAUGAAGUGUUUUUGGGUAAUAAAAAUUUGACCAGGGAUCUUGGGAAUAUUAAGGAAUUAGGAAUGUUUGUUGAAAAAUAUUUUUAUGGUACGAGAGAGGAGAGUUUGCCUUUUUACCGACUAUUUUGCAUUACAUGGCGUCCGUUAAUCCUUUCUGAUAAUUUGUACGGUUCCAGGGAUUGUUGGGUCUCGCUUCAAGAUCAAGAGAUUUCCUUUGGGUUUUCAUUUUUGCCUACAUUCGCAGCUCCGCAUCGAAACAUCCUUGCCAUGCCCCGGUGUUUUUAGCGGUGUAUCCUCCCGGAUUUUGGGUCUUGGGGCUUAAGGGUCUCUGGGGUUCAGUGUUCCCGAAUCCUCUUAGCCUGAGAUCAUGCCCUCUUCCUAUUAUCCCCUUAUGUCUCUCACCGGAAGAGGCAAAGAAGCAAAAAAUAAAUAAAUAAAUAAAUAAAUAACGCCUGAUCUCAGGUUAGGAUCCUCUUCGCAGACUUACCGCGGCUUGGACAUUGUUCACGGGUUAUUUCUUCCUAUGGUAACAAGAGUUUGGUCUGUGGAAGAGGCUAGGAUCCUGUUUCUGUUUCAGAAGUUUUUCUUCUUCCCUGUCUUUCUUUUUAUGUCAUAAUUUUUUUUCUCUCUUCCGUGUUUUUUUAAGGGCCUUUAGGCGAAGGGUUGGUUCUGAUGUCUGUUUGGUUGGUGCAUGACAAAAAAAUUGUUAAAAGUUUUGGACUUUAGAACCUAGGACUCCCAAAAUGACAAUGCUCACGUCCACGUUUACGUAACAAGGUCAAUUACCAUAUUAGGACAGUAGCGACAGGAACACCUGAAAUUUCAGCCGCCAUAACAAAACAUAGAGGAAGGAGUGUGCUUGCAAGAGAAAUUCUCUUGAGUAACGCCAUGUAGUUUGGCAAAAUCGAGUAAACACUAAGGUAGGCUCCCUUUAUUCUUGUACUGAUUGAAUUGCUGUCGCUGAUGUUUGUUGGAAGAAGCAGCUCGUUUAAACAAUGUCGCUGAAAGUGGCCGAAAGCGAAAAAUUAUCCAGAAAACAGCUGGAAUGUCUGACAGUUUCCCAGUUUGUCGCUGAAUCAUGGAGGAAGAAAAUUCUCGAAUAUUUUAUCAUUACAUUUAAUAUGAUUGAAAAUUUGCCUCAGUGUUAGGAGAGAUCAGAGAAGUGCAAUCUUUUACGUGUAUAUAUCCGGAUCGCCAAGUUGGACUUGAUUGCCCUCUUCUAGUCUCACAUGCAUCUUUCGCUCCAUCCUUUAAUGAAUACCUCCUUUAAUAGUUUGCUUCUUGAUUUAAGAGUAUCCUCAUUAAAUGCACGAAUGCGGCUGUAUUUCUUUGAUAAUACCAAGCUAAAUACUUGCUCUACAUUUUUACCGUGUUACUUCAUGAUAUAACUUACAAAUACGUACAUUUGCUUUGAGGAAUAUCGAUUCCAAUAAAUUGCAAAUGUUGCGAUCUGUGCGUGUACUCUUCAUUGUAUUCAUUAAUGCCCCAAUGCAGUGCAAGUGUUUUUUGCUUACUUGUAUUUCGCUUGUGCUGAACUGGAGACCUUACUUACAGUUGUUAUCUGUGGAUUCGCGUGACUUCCUCGUGUAAAUUUUAAAACGUGCCCAUUUAACUCCAGACUUGGCAUGACUACACGAAAUAUGAAACAGUUUGUUGCAUCAUCAGGAGAAACUAACAUGACUUUCCGCACUCUUGUUCUGUUUAUUGUUACCAGAAUAGUAUCUGUGAAACGAGGUCUGUAAAGUGUAUUGAUAAAGCAGCGUCGUUUAUCGAGAUGUCACUAUCAUGAGUGUAAAAGCCAGACAGUAUUUUUACGAAUGAAAUCAUUUACCCAAAAAUGGUGAUCCAAUUUCGUUUUUUAAGAGCACUGAUUAAAUGGAAAACUUUGAGUAAGGCAGAAAAUUUCCACUUCAAAAUCUCUCCAUGUAUUUUGUAAGUACAAUGUAGCUUUUAUAGUUCUGUAUGUGUGUGAGUUAUGCAUUGGGAGUUCCUGGAAACAUACAAAUUUUGCAAAUGCCGAUGUAUUUUUAGAUGUGGAGAACUCAGCUGACAAGUUAAUUUGCAGAAGCACAGUCCAACAUAAGGGUGUUACUCAAUUUAUUAUUGUUAAAACCAUUACAUUGUAAUGUGAAUUGCAAUUUAUUCUGUAGUGUUACAUGUAUAAAGUAAUAUUUAGAGAAUCAGCACUUGUAGAGAUGCCAUACAUGAGAGGAAGUGGCCUUGUAUUUAUAGGGUUCAGUGUUAUCGUCUAUUUAUUAGGUAUUUCCCUUUGUUUUAGGUAGGAUUGUAUGUGGUUUUGAGUUUAAAAAAAGGAAAAAAACUAAGUCAACGAAAUUAAUAUGAAGCAAAAACUAUUCGCAUCGCUCAUGCACUAAGCCAUCACAUGUAAUAAUAACAUAGUUUACUACACUAUAGGGAGGUCGAUGCUUUGGGUGUGUAGAAUCACACGAUGAGCACUGUGAAUAAAUUAUUAGAAUUAUGUAUAAAAAUAAUACAUGUGUAUUAUAGAAAAUGGUAAAGUCUGCAGUCAUAGUGUUAACGUUUUAGAAAUCUUUCGAGGUUGUGUUCAUUAAUUUUUAGGCAAGUUCUUUCUUCAGUCUACAGCUGACUCCAAUUUAUUAAGUGACAAGGACUACAGUCACUCACAAAUGGAAUAAGAAUGAAAUAUAAGUGUACAGUGUGUAACUGCAAUGAACUGUUUUCUAACAAGAAAUUACAUUUAAACCCUUAAAAAUCCCAGGCAGGAUAGUAAAUUACAUUUGUGAAAUGGGUGCAUGCCCAAUCUUAUAUUUCUCAUUUUCCCUUCGACAGAUCUUUAGCACUUCAUUACAUCAACACCUCUUUGUUGUAAAACAAUCAAUUGUGUGAAAGAUUGUAGUGUUUUUGUGAAUUACAUUUAGUUACCUUUGGUAUAAUUGUGUCAUGCAAAUUAAUGCAUAUUUGCACUGUUUAUUAAUACUGCACUUACUUUAAUUUCAGUGAAGUUCAUACCAUGAAAGUGAGAACUGUGUGGAUGUCUAAAGGAUUGAUCCUUCUAUGGAGCUUUCAUUUUACGUUUUGUACAGCUUCAAAAUAUGGUGCAAAUGAAGUUUGUGUGGUAAGAAUGAUUCCUUUUAAUUUCUGUUGCUGAUGAUUGUUUUACAUUCUGAAAAAAACAUUGAUUACUCAGAUGAAAAGGAGUGAACAUAUUAAUGAAUUACUAAUUGAUCUCCUUUGUAAUUUUGCUGUAACUGCAAACUUUCAAACCAUGUAAAUUUAUAUUCAUUAAUGGCUUUUAUCUUUAAACUAGCCAAGUCAAUCUUACUGUGUUUUAUUAAUUUUCUUUCAGGAAAAAUAUCUCAGUAGCAAUGAGACUCUCAUUGAUUGCUACCCUUAUGGAUUUGCAUAUUUUGGUGAUCAAAUUCGUGGCAGUCCAAUGGAAGUAAGUUGACCAACCUAACAAAAUACUUGGGGGUUCUUAAGAACUGUUACUUAACCCUUCAAGUCCCAAUGGUGACCAACAUCAAAUUUCUCCUAACGAUAUCCAUACAUUGUCAAGAGAUUAGGUUAUGAGAAUUAUUAAAAUGAUCACCAAAGAGAAAAUGUCUUGAUCUUUUAUCAAAUUCUCUCAACACAUUCUUUAAUAAAAUGUAUAGAGAUCAGUUAGGAGAAUUUGUAUACAUGUGUAUAUUGGGGCUUAAAGGGUUAAAGAAUCUGUAGCAGCAUAGCUACUAGAAAAAAGCAAGGGCCAAUUUGUUUGGAGAAGGGAAGGAAAUUAUUUGCAAUGUUUGUUUACAUGUCUGUUAUUUUUUGAGGGUACAAUAGAAAAAUUGCUAAUUAUUCAUAAAUUAGGGCAAGGAGACAAAGGAAAUUGAGAAUCAAUUUGGCAUCCUGGAUUAAAGUCCUUGGGACUCUUCUAUUCAUAAUUAUAAUGUUGUAAUUUCUGGGUGUCUCAUAAAACAGUGCUACCCUUUUAAAAAUACUUUGCAGUUCUCCCACCCCCACACUUACAAAAAUAAUAUUGGGCAUUUGAGAUUUGAUAAAAGCCCCAUAAAUGCAAAUUUUUCUUCUAGACUUAUGUCCGUGAUUGUAGGUUAAAAAAUUUAAAUUUGAAUUUAAUUUUACCCAACACUCUAAAGUGACUCACUGCUCCCAAUGGAUCUCCAAACUGUACAAAAUUCUGUCACAAAUUUGACUACACAAACCAGUCAAAAUCAAACCGGUACUUAUUAACAGGGUUGUCACUAAGAUUUCAAGUUGCCGGGUAUUUGUUGUUUGUAGCUGGGGAAGUUGCAAGCAGUCAUGGAGCCCCCCCCACCAUAGAAGUGCAACUUCUACGGUUUUCCAAAAGGCAUUACCGCCCCAAAAAAGCAAUCUUCAUUAAGAGUACAGCUAUCAUUAGCGGUUUUAUCAUGAUCACGUCUUUAUUAAAGAAAACUACAACAUUCUGCGACACCAAAAUAAUAAGUUUUUACUUAAAGGCUCGUUGGAGGGUUUUUUUAGUGGCCGCCAAAUGGGAAUAUACAUGUAAGCACCGUGUCUGAAAAAAUUGACAGGUAGGCGCAGUCUUAUCUUAACGCAGACAAGGCGCAUGCUGGCCAGUGAAGUGUUAAAUCACAAUGAUACUUUACAAAUGUUAAAAAUCUGGAAAGGACAAUCGAUUCUUAUAUGGUGCAAAUGAAUUAACAUGCGCUGUAAAAUCAAUUGUAAAUCCUCAUUUAGUUAUACAUAAGAAUGAAACAACUUACGGAAAACAAAAGUAAAAGUAAUAUUACAAAUGAAUUAACAAACGGAGAAGCGGAAAGAAGACAAGCGGACAAUAAAUGUACGAAAAAGCGUGAUAAACAUAAGGUUACUAUGGUUUGUUGAAAAAUAAAAGUAUGAUAAGGCUAAAACAAGUGUAAUGUACGAAAAAUCGCAGGAUAAAAUAUGACAAAACUAAACUGCACAACUGGUAACAUUAGUGGUCUCGAAUUUAUAAACGAAACAUCACUUACAUCACUUGAGAUGUCAAAACGAGACUCAAGGAGAAGAAUGCAAAAGUAAUACUAAUGCUUAACUUCCCUUUUAUAUAUAACUUCUUGGAAGUAGAACUGAGAGGAUGUAAUCAUGACCUGCGGACAAUGAUCGAACAUUUCCCGUUGACCGUACGUUAUUUUAUAUAUUCGAUACCGAAAGCUAAAUGUAGACCUGGUCACUUAAAUGUCAAUUUAUCAAACAUAGCAAUCACUCAUAGUCUUCAUCUUCAAAGCCUUCAUCAGAAUCCUCAUUAUCAUCAUCAUCAGCAUCAGGGAGAUUUAACGCUCCGAUGAAGCCUCAACUUCUUCUGUGAUGUCAACAGAGAUCUGCUCAGGUCUUUCAUCAUGAACAAAGAUUGCAGAUUCCUUUGCCACUUCUUCGACAUGUUCAACAUAAAGCCGACACAACGGUUGAAACUGGGGACUUUUAGCAUCGACAAAGGUGACGGCAGCGAAAACGUCACUUUUAAAAUGAAUUGGCGUUUUUUCCAACUUUGUCGCGUUUACUUCAAUUCGCUGAAAAUAUAUGUAGGCCAAUUUCCCUGGAGUUGUUUUCUUUGGGACCGCACUCAAGUUUAGAAAGAGAAAAAAAAGUUUGUCGUCGCGUGUUUACGUCCUCCAUAAAACGUGAAACUAGGCAUUUUCAUGUCGUAGUCGUGCAGUAACGGCAAAGAAGUGUACAAAAAAAGUGUGAUGCACGUGCAAACUAGUUGUGUUGCUCAAUAAACCUAUUGCUUUUUUGACAUUCUCGUUGCUGUCGCCGUCGUCGUUGCUAAAACUCCCUACUGACAUUUCGCGAACGGAGAGUUUUCGCGCAUGUGUACUAGUACCAAAUCUAAGUCAGAUGUCUUUUCCCGACAUUUCUUAGUUUUUGCACGCGAGUAUUUCAAAAUUAGGUAAACCUGCUGCAGAUGAAACUUGCAAUUAGUUUGAUGGAUAGUCUUUGUGUGUUUCAAAGGUGUGCUCUUUUGGUUUAAUUUAGCAACGAAAGUAGCCGUGGGUCAUGCUCUGAGUAGCCGGGGGAAAUCCCCGGCCCCCAGCCCUUAGUGACAACCCUGUAUUAAUAUCAGGUUUGUUCCACCUGGGUAUAAUAUCCUGACAGCUCUGGACCAAUAUUACUAUAUUUGAUUUCUUUGGAUCCUCGUCUGAUUAGUAAACAGGUAUUUGUUUUGUUUUUAAGGGCGUAGUGGUGCUGUCUGACCCAAGGUCGGCAUGUUCGGAAGUAAAACACAAAAGCGACUAUAACCAAUCAAGUUACACUGGAGAUUGGUUUCUUCUAAUUGAUGCCGAUGAUUGUGACUUUGACGACAAGGUAAAUUGGGGAAAAUUUCCAGGCACAAACAAGUAAAGGAGAAUAUGUUCGAUUGCAAUGAGUGUGGAGGAUUUUAUGGCCUUAUGACAUAUGUGGGCACCUUUCAAGUGAACUUGAUGUUCCCAUGACUUUUUAAUUUGGCCAUGAAAAAUUUGAGAAUAGUUAGUUAUAAUCCCUUGCCAUCAGUACAGUUUGACCACUCUAACUGACGUAAAUGAUGUAAUGGAAAGCCUCUCUACAAUAAAUGCCUCUUGUUUAAUAAAUGCCCCCUUACAAUGUUGUGCUUUCGUUAGACAUUUCUCCCUAACAACUGUCCUGUCAAAUACAUGCCCCCCUCAUGCCAAUUAAUCCACAGAAAGGAGUAAAUACAGUUUCUUGCUUGAUUAACAAAAGUUUGCGCAUUGUACUUGUAUCUUGAUCAAUGUCAAGUUUAGAAGGAUACGUAGGCUUUCAACCACAAUGCGAUGAACAAGGAUUUUGACAUCAAGUUGAGAUUUGAAAGAGUGAUAUGGAUCUCUAGACAACUGAGACAUUUCAAUGAAUAAACUGGUUAUUCUGCUGUUUAAAAACUCCCUUCAUCAGUUUGUUUGACAAAAGACUUAAAAAAAAAACCUUCCUUCUUAGUCAAACAUACUCUUUGUUGAGCUACAUACCUUUUCUUUUUUCUUUUUCUUUUCUUUUCCUUACUUUUAAAUAAAAAUUACCGUAAUCCAUUUUUCAUUCAGUGGCCGGUUAACUCACAUGGUUUACCAUGUAGUUCCAGGAGGCCUAUAGACAGUGUGUAAGCCCCCAGCUUCUGUAUAGGCUUUCUUGUCAUUACCACUUUAAACAUUUAAUUUUGUAAAUAAUUUAGUUCGAAUAGUGUGUAUUACAGCUGUAUCUUUAACGUGUUGUAAAUUUUUUGUAUCUGGUUGUCGUAUUUUCAUGUGGUUAAUGGCUAAUUAAAUGAAUGGAUGAAUGAAUGAAUAUUUUUACUAAAUGAGUAUCAGCAUUGUUGAACUUUUUACAGCUGAGAAUAAAUGCCUCUCUUUUUAAAAAAUCCCUCUGAUCAUGUCCCCUCGUAGACCCCUAAAAUUAAACAAACACCCCAGGCAUCUAUUACAUAUAAAUCAUUUACAGUACUGCUAUUCCAAAAUGGCAAGUUGACUGUUUUUUUUUUGUUGGGUUGUAUUUAAUUAGGGUUUCAGAGCCACUCAAGCAGGCUUUGAUGCUGCCAUUAUUAGAAGUUUGAAGUCUAAUGAUGUUGAACCUAUUGGUGGAGGUUCAGGUAAGUUUUCGGUGAACUGUUGGUAAGAUUUCACAAACUGUUGCUUUAGAGUGAGAAAAGAUGUAGCUAUGUGCAAGGCUGUCACCAAGGGCCGGGGUUUUGGGAUUUUCCCGUGCUAUGAGGAACAUGACCCUAAGUUGCUUUCAUAGGAAAAAAAGAAAAUGAAGUUCCUAGCUUGUCACUUCCCACAUAUUAAAUUUAUUGCCACUAUAUGGCAAAAAAUUCUCAUAGCAUUCAUGGCUGUUACUAAGAUUUCAAGUUGCUGGGUAAAUACAACAAGUAAGCAGUGAAUUAAACGCCUAGGGAUUUCUUUUGAUUUUGUUUUUCUUCUAGUUUCCUAUGAAUGUAGCUGGGGGUCACAUUUCUUAUUGCUGGGGAAAUCCGUGGCUUCCAGCCAUUAUCAAGUUUCAUAUCACCUUUUGACGAAUUGAUGAUUUGUAACUGCUGCCCUGUCAGCUCAUUUGGCUCAGAUUUGCUGAGUGGAUGCCCCAGAUUCAGACCCUGGCCAAACCACCAUCCAAGGUCUGGUAUGGUCAUGCUGGCUGAGUUAUAUUAGUGAAUUUAACCCUUUAAGCCCCAAUAUCCACAAACAAAUUCUCCAAACUGAUCUCUAUACAUUUCCUUACAGAAUUAGUUGGGAGAAAUUGAUAAAAGAUCAGAGAUUUUUCUCUUUGUGAUCAUUUGAUUAAUUCUCAUAGAUGUUGCACUUGACAAUCUAUGGAUACUGUUAAGAGAAAAUUGAUGUUGGUCACUAUUGGGACUUAAAGGGUUAAAGGGGAUGUAAAAGAACCCACUGUUUGGAAAGAGUAAGAGAGGUUUCCUUGGUUAUGUGGUCUAUGUCUACCUCUGUUAUCACGAAUGCAAUCAUACACAUCAUGAGUUGUGUGAGUUACAGUAAGUUACUACAGUGAAACCUGUGUACAACGGUCACCCUUGGGAAGUGGCAAGGUGAUUGCUAUAUACAGGUCAAAUUUGCAGAAAAUAUAAGGCAACUGGAAAUUUUGGAAAGUUGUCUGGUGAUUGUAAUGUACAGGGUGAGCGCUAUAUACAGGGCCUUUAUAUACAGGUUUGACCGUAUAAUAAACUGAUAGUAGGAGCCAGCUACAUGUAAUUGAGUCAUUUCUUUUUAACUGCUUCUUCACUUUUCAGAUGCAGACAAGGUUAAUAUUCCAGUUGUUUAUGUCGGAAAGGUAGGAAAACUGGAUUUUACCUCGAUCUCAAUGUAAUGAAUAGUUUAGGUUUCUGAGAAACUGCCCACCUACCCCUUCCCUAACUCAAUGCCAACACUUACCUCUCACUUAAGGCAAAAUAAUGGUUUAGGGGAGGGGUAGGUGGGCAGUUUCCUAGAAACCCAAAGUGAUCUAAAAAUGGAGCCAUGCCAAGUUGCUCUCUCAGCUCAACCUUUCCUACAAGAGCCAUGAGUAUACCGUCAUUGUCCUUUUUUUACAUAAUAUUUAUUGCUAGUAAGCUUAUGUCCUCUCAGAGUCGUGACUGUUAAUUUUUUCUACUUGCCAUGGUGACCAAAAUGGUUGUGAACCACACGUAUAAGGAAUGUUUUUUUCUUUUUCCCUAGGUAACUGGUGAAAUUUUGGAACAAAAUGACUUUACAAAGAAACGGUUAGUCACUCUAAGACUAAUAAGGCAUGUGUGUUAUAUUAUCAGUAGAUAUUGAUAGAGAGUUUGCGAUACAGUUGCUGAUUGGGAUCUUCAAGAGAGUGGGGGCCGUCUCAUCAAGAAUCUAAGAUAAAAUAGGGACCUGGCACUCCACUUCACGAGGAGCCGCAAGGAGUAAAAUUUCUGUCCCGUAAUUUAAUCAGUUAAAUCAUCAAAGUUGACAGGUCUUUCUGAUGAUCAAAGCGACCGUUCGGUUUACCAUUUACGCCUUCAGUGCGAAGACUGUCACGGGAACAUUAACACCUUCAGGAUAAUUGCUGGCCAUAACAGUGGUAGGUCGCGCGAGUCUGGUCGGUUUCGAAGAACGUGAUCGUGACUGUUGUUUUCAUUCAGUGACUGUGCGCGUUGAUAUGCCAACGUUUAAAACAGACUGCAACAUUAAAUUUUUGUUAUAAAAGCAAAGAAGCUGCCGAGUAGAAACUAAACCGUUCCAGACUUAUUCCGUUUCAUUCGUGUACUUUCAUUUUGAUGGGGUCUGUAUGAUGAAUUUACUUCUGCCUUCCAAUCCGCACGUAAACAACAUAGAGAUAAAACAUUCAUUUUGCCUUUGUGGAGUAAAUUCAUCUUAAAAAGUUAAACUAGUGGACCACUUUCUCCGCGUACUUGUAAAAAAUAGGCAUUUAAUAUGUCGCGCUACAGUGCGAAAAUCUUCUUGUCGUGGAUUAGAUUUCAGUAUACCUAUUGUUAAUCUUCAUUUCGCGCCAGAAUAAAUUAGUUUGCGCGCAAAAGGGCGACUAAAAAGAAAAUCACAAGGUUUGUCCCACUUCGAUUCCACCUUCUGGAGAUACGCCGGCAUGGUAGCUGGAAUACAUUACCAAGGCGAAGAUCUGGCAUUUUUUCUCCUCGUCUUUUUUUUUUCCCCGCAACGUUUGUUUAUAUUUGUAGUGAGAAUGCCGUGCAUAUCGGUGGAUUUUACUUCAGUCAAGCGGCUUCAGUUCCUGCGGCUUGCUACUCAUCAUAAAGAAGAGUGCGGAAUCGCUUUGUUCGCCUUUAACAGAUUUGUUGUCGAAUGCAAGGUAAAAGAACGGACUACUGUAAGGUAAGAAUUGAAGUUUAAAUUUGUUUCUCGGCGAAAAAUAGUGCAUACAACUCGUGAAACCCGUGAGUAUUACCUCUGUUUAAUAUACCGGAUAUCAUCGAUGACCCCUCGCUUUUACGAUGGAUAAGACGGAUACGAACAAUAAUUUCUUUUCGCAACGUUUAGUAUAAUUUAUUUAAUAUGGAGAUCAUCUGAGAACGGUUUUUCGUUAUAUAUGCUUCAUUUCUUGGCUUAUUCCGCUACGUAUGCGAAAAAAUUAGAUGACAAUGUUUGUGUGCUAUAAUUAUACUGAUAAUUUCUUGCACCUUGAAACUCAUGAAAGCCAAACUUGUUUAACCCUAGAAAAAACUCUUUUAAUGGAGGAACUCAACCUGAUAGUUGCACUAAAAUCUAAUAAUUGUCACUGCAUUUGCAGGCUCUCUGUAACCUCGUGGGUAGAACAUACCUGAAGGUUACGUUAAUAAUAAUCUUUGCAUUUUCUCUUUGUAACCUCGUGGGUAGAAUAUACCUGACGGUUACAUUUAAUAAUAAUCACUGCAUUUUCUCUCUGUAACCUCGUGGGUAGAACAUACCUGAAGGUUACGUUAAUAAUAAUCAUUGCAUUUUCUCUUUGUAACCUCGUGGGUAGAAUAUACCCGGCGGUUACAUUUAAUAAUAAUCACUACAUUUGCUCUCUGUAACCUCGUGGGUAGAACAUACCUGAAGGUUACGUUAAUAAUAAUCAUUGCAUUUCUCUUUGUAACCUCGUGGGUAGAAUAUACCCGAUGGCUACAUUAAUAAUAAUCACUGCAUUUGCUGUCCCAGAACUCGUGGGUAGAGUAUACCUGAUGGUUACAUUAAUAAUAAUCAUUGCAUUUUCUCUUUGUAACCUCGUGGAAAAAAAAAAAAUUAAUGCCUCUCUCCUGGAAAUUUUGCCCUGUCCUUUCAGCAUAGUGAUCUUUGGGUAGCGAAUUCACGUAAACAAGUAAAACGCUUUUUUAACAACAGCAUUUAUAUUACUUGGCUUUUUGAGGGAGGUUAAACAUUAAUGGAAUAGAAUAUAAAAAAAGCUCAUAAAGCGGAAAAAGUUAUCUUUACAAAAUGCGCUUUGACAAUGUCAAGGAGUGAAAUAAGCUGAGGUUUUGUAGUUAGCCCGAAGAAAACCUGUUCCUGCAUGAAAAGCAGUUCUGAUUCCCUUCUCUUAACUAGAAGAGAUGCAUAUCCCUGUGAACCAGUUUUUUAACCAGGAGCGAUUCCCGCUCACUUCUGAUACUUUAUUGACACGAGUUCCUAUUUCAAUAUAUGUCUAAUUCAAGCUUAGCCGCGUGAUAGCUCUUCAUUAGCGAAAAGGUUCAAGUGAUAUUUUGAUUGACGUGUUGUUUUGGAUCCUGAGGUUUUUUAACACCUUUUCUCUAGCUUAACUGGCGAAGAUAUUCUAGGAAUUUGCCCUUCAAUUCCAAAUUCUUUGAUGUGCCGCCAGAUGCCGUGCAAAAAUAUCACCCCUUGCGGCUCCUCGUGGGCCCCACAGGCCUCAGUUAAGCCGAACAGUAGGGUUGGGGCGGGGGGGGCAUGGCAGCCCUGAUUAUCCCUCCCCUAGAUCCAUUGUAUGCUUACAAGAGUGUGCAUUAGGAGAGUUUCCUCUUUAUGUGAAUGACCAACCUCUUACCACCCACUCUGUAUGUAAAACAACACCCAAUUGUGUUAGGAUUGUUAAGUGGGAGUGGAAGCUGAAGGCCUCCUAACUGUUUUUGUUGUCUUACUUUUAUAGUGACAGUAGAAUCUAUAUUACUGCUCAGCAAUAUCCACCAAUAUGGGAUUAUGAAUUCUACAUGAUUCCCUUUGCUGUCAUAGUGGGAAUCUGCUUCGUCUUGAUGGCUAUGUUUAUGGUGAGUGUUACCUGACAUUCAUUGAUUUACUACAGUAUGUUGAACCUCUCCAGAACGGCCACCUUGCAAAGUGGCUGGUAAGGAGAUGUGGUUAUUAUGGAGAGUUAGGGGUGUAAUGAUAUAACAAAAUUUCUUUUAGAGAGUACAACAUGUUUAUUGUGCUCAGUUCAUGCUUACUGUGUCCCAUAAUGAUAAUCCAAUCGUGCAUUAUGUAUAGAGAAAAUAAACAAAAAAGACUUGAACAACAUUUUGAAUCAAAAUGUUAAUGUGACAAGAGAGCAAGGUUGGCAACCUUCUUAUAAGUAUUAUAGUCAAUUGAUGCUUAAUGCAGCAGUGUAAAUGGAAUUCAAUCAAAAUACGAUUCUGCAAUUAAUCAUUAAGGCACCAUACGGAUCAAAUUUCGCGACCAUUCUUGACUUUUUCAUCAGUCAGCUGAAAAAACUGGCAGUUGUCGAGAGGUUAGUUUGGCAGUUGGGGACAAUCACGCUUUAGUGGCUGUUACCAUUGAAGGAAAGUUUCAAUAAGAGUCAAUGUAUGGACUCGUCCGCUGGGACAAAAACAAGUGGCGGUUGUAAAGAAGUGGCUCUUAGUGGAGGUUUGACUGUAUUUUGGAGACUGACACUGGCAUGGGCUUAUAUUUUUUCUUAUGGGUUUUUUUUGGGGGCGGGGGCGGGGGGGGCUUAUAAGCAGAAGGUUAUGGUAUACUGACAUGUACUACAUGUAAAUGAACUAAUAACUUCAGUCACCGAUGAUUAAAGAGAAAGCAUGGUUGAGCAGUCGGCACUUCUUACUCACUUUAUUGGAGGUCUCAGGAUAUGACCCAGGGCUGUUAAGUGACUGGUCUCUCAGGUAAAGUAGCCAGUCAUUUGUCCCCCAAAUCCUCCUAUAAUUAUUAUUUUGUUAUCUUUAACUCAUUCAAAGUAAGAAUAAUGCACUGAUUUUACUGCAGGAGCCAGCUACUAAUGAUGACAGCCCUGGGAUACCAUUAUUUUGUUUAUUGGACCUCCUCUUUUCAGCCAUUCUUGUGUAUAGCCAACUAUAUAUUUACCUUCUGCCAGUCAGGUGUUUUUAAUCCUGUUAUGUUCUAUCUGGAUUAUUUGCUUUUUUGGGCUGUCUGUAAACUAGCUGGAGCAUGUAAGUGCACAGUUUCCUUGUGAAUAAACAAGCAUGUUUCAGAAGGCAAGAUCAAAAAAUGCCUUUCAUUAGAAUCAAAAUGAUCACCAAAGGGAAAAGGCUUUGAUCUUUUAUCAAAUUCUCUCGACUAGUUAUACAAGGAAAUGUAUGGAGAUCAGACGGAAGAGUUUGUAUGUGGAUCUUGGGGCUUAACGGAUUAGUAAGAGGUUACCAGUAUGUGCCCCUUUCACUAUUCAUGAGUUGCCUCCCAGGGGUGGGAUCUAGGGGAUGCCCCCCCCCCCCAAAAUGACCUAUGGCUUUCUAAUACAAGUGGUAUAAUUCGGCAAAAAAAUCCGCUGUAUCGUUUGAUAUGUAUUCUUGGCAGUUCACAUUAUGUUAUUACCUAGUCAAAAGCUUCUUCUUAUUAUUCGCUUUUAAAAUUUGUUUACGUCACCAGUCAGUUACCGCAUUCCUUAGUGGUGCACUCCCUGCUAAGAAAAAUCCUGCACCCCCCCCCCAAGCCUAGCAGCCGUAACAAGGCUUCACAGGAUUGAUUGCAAAAACGAUGAAUGAGCAAAGGGAACAAAGGAUCCUACAGUAGCCCUAAAAUAAAAGAGCUGCGACCUACAGGGGUCCAAUGAAAUUCAAGGUUUUAAAGAGGUGUGAGGGUACUGCUGUUCAUAGCAGAAACUUCUAGUGGGGCUUGUCAGUAUAAAAAGUGUCUAAUAUGAAUGAUUCAAAUUGAACAUAAUAAUAGUGUUAAUAAUAAACCUGCACUGGGAGAAGGCAGACCACGGGCCAAUUUAAACAGAUGGUAGGUGAGUUGGGCUAGAGUCAUUAGUGAAGUAAGCUAAUUUAAAAUUGUCUUAUGUAAUUUCCUUUCCCAAAUACAGAUAAGUCGCUACUACAGACAUUACUUAGAACAGCGGCGUAGUAGGCUUUCACCAACAAAUCUCAGAAAGAUUCCUACAAAAAAGUUUAAGAAAGGUGAGUGUGUUCUAAAAGGUUUCAUUACUAUACAAUUUUACCAUUGCUUUAUUUCAAAUGGCUGGUAUGUAAUACAGUAACUAUUACAGCUUUCAGCGUGCAAAGAAAGUCGUGUCUGAUAGCCCGGGGCUAGUGGGUUUUGCUAUCGGGCAAGCGAUUUUUGUUCUAAACUUGCCCGACAGGCAAGUACUGCUUUUUGGGAAAUUCAGAUUAUAGAAGGAUUAUAAUCAAUCCUGCUAAUCAAAAAGGGUUUUGGGGCUAGCUGAAAUGACUUGCGGGCUAGUACAUGCUAGCUAGAGCUUGCCCGAAUGGCAGGCUGUAAAACUGACUUUCUUUGCACCCUGGCUUUGCAUAGGUGCAGUAAUAAUUGUUUGUUUAAAUUUGAAUCUAUCUUAAAUAAUUAUGUAUGUAUUUGGUUACAUAUUACGUUUUCCUUAAAACAUCACAAUCGCACAGCAGACACAAAACAAAACUGUUAUCAUGUGCACUUGCUAGAGAACCUUUUUUUCCACAGGGCUCUGAUAUUGAUUAUCCAGUGACAUUUUUGUUUUGAUUCUGUUUCAGGUGAUGAUUAUUAUGAUGUGUGUGCCAUAUGUUUGGAGGAAUAUAAAGAUGGAGAAAGGUUGCGAAUACUUCCUUGUGAGCAUGGUAGGUGAAGAAUCUAUCCGUUUUUCACCCAUAUGUUGGAAAAAACAGUAUUUGAGAUGUUAACCUAGAGUUAGUGUGAAAUUGGUGAAUAAGAAAGGUUAAAAAAAUUCUUUUUUGUUUUGUACAAUUAAAUUUUGAUGAUUCAAUGCUGGAAAGAGAUAUAGAGAAAGCGAUCCAAAAAACUGCUUUUGAACAAGAUAGAAAUAAACCCAGAUUAACAUAAAACCCCGGCUUAGCCCUAAUUGGGUUGCAAACAAUUGGGCCCUGAUUUUUAUACUUUACCAUCUUUCCUCACUGCUCACCUGUUUUUUCAAAGCUUACCACUGCAAGUGUGUAGAUCCUUGGUUGACUGAAGGAAAGCGGACUUGCCCAGUCUGUAAGAGACCUGUAUCAAAUGACAGGAGAUCGCGAGCACGUAACAGAAGAGAUAGAAAUGAUGUAGAGUCAGGUUCAGGAGAGACAACUCAUGACGCUGAUGAAACAACUCCUCUUAUUGGCUCAACUUCUGCCAGUGUAGCAUCAAACUCCUUGACAGUUUAGUCAAAUGCUCAUUUGAAUUUCUUAGUUUGGGGAAAGUGACUUGUCCUUUUACAGUUUGACCACAUUUAAAGACUUGACCAUUUGAUUCCCUUCAACAAAGUCUAGAUGUAGUUUAGUCACGGUGAUGAAUUAUAUCCUUGUAAUGAACUAGCUUUGUAGCUUUGCAUUUGACGUUUAGAUUAAGAGAAUUCAAGUUAAAUAAAAAUAUUGUUAAAUUAUUAUUUAUACAAUUUCUAGUCUUCUUUUAUUCUACUUAUCCUUGUUGCAGGCUUCAGUAAGAGCUGCGACUUGUUUUUUUAAUCAUUAUCAUUAAUGUUAGUGUGGAUAUUAGUUUAUGAUUUCAAGUGCUGAAAGGGUAAUUGAUUAUAACCUUUCAGCUAAAAAGUGAAAUUGAUUAUUUUGAAGCAAAAUUACACAGUUCCACAACAUUGAGUCUCGCUAUUAUAAAACUAUUAUAAACCACGUGUUUUAGUUGUAAUAGUUUGAAGACAUUGUUUGAAGUCUACAAUUCGUUCCAAAUUAUACACAUUCAUGAUUCCAUAAUAUAGGUUACCUAAGGUGCGACACACGUUAUUUAAACUUGUGUGUAAGAGUUUGUUAUUAUUGUCACUCUAAGGGAGAUUUUCUGCCCUUGAGUGAACACAGUGUCAGAAGCAAAACUAAAAUUUAUAUGGUAGGGAACCCAAACCUCACAAGAUGUAGUAAUAAUUUAGAACUUUGUAACUGCUUUGUUGUCAAAUUUCUUGAAAUUUUCUGUGGUAGUGUGUGACUGAAUAGGUCCUUUCCAAGUUGCCUUAACCCUUUAAGUCCCAAUAGUGACAAAAUCAAUUUUCUCCCAAUGAUAUCCGUACAUUGUCAAGAGACUAGGUUAUGAGAAUUAAUAAAAUGAUCACCUAAGAGAAAAUGCUUUGAUCUUUUAUCAAAUUCUCUCAACUCAUUCUUUAAGAAAAUAUAUAGAGAUCAGUUUGGAGAAUUUGUAUGUGGAUAUUGGGGCUUAAAGGCUUAAGCUAUGUUUUAGAGUAUUAAUACAGGGUUAAGUAGAAAGUCUCUGAUACCGAAAUGUCUUAUUCUCAUGCAAGUUAGACUCAUUUUUGCUAGAGAAAUUUUCCUCUUGGCCAAGUUUUUAAAGUGCUUGGCUAUAAUAUUUUUAAUGGCGUAUUUAUGAAGCGCUGGAACCGUAGACUGAAAAUAUAACUUUCAAGCUCGUAGACAGAACAAAAAAGUAAAAGUGAGCAUCCAAAUUUCAUGUUAAAUUUCAUUUAAGAUUGGGUAAGUUGUAUGUAAAUAAGAAAUAUGACAGUAUAAAAUGCAUACUAAAAGUGUUAAAAUUGCUUUUACUAUAUAUCAUUCUCACUUCAGUGCCAUUGUGGAUACUCUUUUAAGCUCUCAAAUUUCUUUUCUUUUUCAUGUAUUUCUUCUGGUAGUCGCAAAAUGUACUGCAACAUUAAUUUAACAUUUUUUUUAGUGCAACUACUCAAACCGGGGCACUUAGGAGAAGAAUUUUUACCCCGAACUCACAACAUUUUUUUGAAAACAAAAGAUUCUCAAGUUUUUUUUGCAAGUGGACCAAUAAUAUUCAAGGUUCAACCAUUCAACCGUUGAAAACUUUAAAACCGUUUGAACUAACCUGACCUCUCAGGAAACAGCCCUCAAGUUCAUGAAUUUUAUUGUUCCGUUUACCAAAAAACUUAAAACCCCCUUUUUUUUUCAAAAACCGUUAUGAUUGGAUAAUCUUCUUCCAAGCGCCCCAGUUCGAGUAGUGGCACUGUAAGCCAUUUAUACUACAAGAUAUUCAGCCUCACCUACAGUACAGGCUAUUCUUAAGCCCAGUUCCAGACGCCGCUCCACUCAUGUGCCGAACCUCAUGUGAUUUAAGUAUGGCAAAAGAGCGGCAACUCGAUUUGUUACAGCAGUUUUAGUUUGGUGCGGCAAAAGAGUUGAGUUUGACAGUGUCAGUCAACCUUUUGUCGAACUUAAUUAAGUUCAGCACAUGAAAAGUAAGGUGUUUGAACCAGGCCUUAGGUAACCAAAAGGAGGAGACUGAUUAAGAAGGACAAAAAAUAAUCUUGCUUACCUGACAAGUGCAAAAAAAAAGGGGGUGGGGGUUGGUGUGGUGAGGAAAGUAUGAAAGGGAAAAGGGAGGAAAGUGAUAGGAACAACAGAGAGAAAGUGGCAGGUCCUCUCUUUACCUACCUUAGCUUUCUAUUCCUCUCCUUUUUUUCUGUCUUUUCUAGCAGGCCUUGGUCUUUUUUGAGCGUUGCUAUUUUGUGUCAAGAAGUCAAAAUUGUGAUUGUGCCCAGUGCUUUAAUGGAUCAUGAGUGUUGUAACCUUUUCUCUGGGAAAAGUAUCUGGAAAGUCCAUAGAGGUUUCAUUCAUUCCACAGGAAAUCAUUCAAAGACUACAAAGAGUAUGCAAUAACAGAGUCGUGGUGGGAAAGGUUUUUGUUUGUCAUAUCUAUAUGAUUUACGUGGCCUGUUAGGUACAGCUCUGUUAUUAUUAUGUUAAACACUUUGUUUUAUCACUGUAGAUAAGGUGUCUUUUUUCUUACGUUGCAUUGUAUUUUCUCUAACAGAAGUUAUUAAAUGUCUGUUGUUUGCUACUACUAUCAGUCUUUUCUAUAAUUCAGACUUGCGUAUAUUAAUGCUCUUGAAUUAAUGAUUAAUAAUAAUUAUAAUUAAAUUAUUGAAAGUAUUGUGAGAUAUGUUCACAGAACAGUUAGACUAGGUCUGAUUGCUAAAUGGACCUAGAGUAAGGAAUGUCUAAAAAUAGUCAAAAGUAUAUGUUCAGAAACCCGCAGAAUUACUAGCUGUUUAAGAUGGUGUGUGAAUGUUUAGCAAUAAAUUGUUGGAAAAGGCUGAGUAUGAUGUGAAAAAUUAUGGAGAUUGAGGAGGGUGUUAUGGAUAAUUCUUUAGAUCACACUCAGCCUUAUCCAAUAAUUGCCAAUUGUUUUUAUUUUACUAUUUAUGACCAUUAUUAUUGUCUGCAGGAUAAAACUUAAGGAAGGGGACCAUUAACCACAUAGGGUGCAUAAUAUAGCUAACCAACCCUUAGAGGAAUCUAACUGCUCUAUGAGACUAAACAACAUUGCUAAAAAAUGUCUGAAAAGUAAAAUAAUAAUAAUAAUAAUAGUAAUUAAAAUUAUUAUUGUUAUUACUGAUACAAAGACUAAUACAAACUAAUAAAAAGAAUCUGCAGAGUUUUGUUUGGGUGAGAAAGAUUAUUAUUUGUAAAAUUACUAUAAAUUUUUUUGAGAAAAAUGAACACAUUUUUAUGUUAACUAUUUUAAACAUGGUCCUGCUCAAACUGCCACUUUUGGUUGAAAAAAUUCCUACGUAAAAUGAGGGGCCCAAGAUGUUUUACCACAUUUAAGAGUUAAUGGAUUUCCUCUAAGCCAGACACCCAGAAGACAAUCCAUAGCUUUCCAAAAAGUCUGUUACAUCAGGCCUUGAGUGGGAGGGUUGCUAGAACAUGAAGUAUGAGCACGUGAGCACCUUUUUUGUUUGUUAAAUAAAAAGCAUUGGUUACUUAAAUACACUGUGACUCUAAGGAAGCCUCUGUACUUAGUCAACAACCUCCUCAUCCUUUUUCACCCAGUUGGUGAGAGUGAAUUUUAUUAAGAUUUUUCAAGGUAUAUUAGUCUUUAACCCAGCUAGCUGAUUUUUGACUUUUUGGGCAAGUUCUGUGGACUUUGUGGUAGCAGUUCUGAAAAAAACUGAAAAUUUAGUAUAGUAUGCAAACUGUUUCUUGCAGUGACAAUUACUGCCAUUGUUAUUGUGUC